AUGAGCCACCACCUGAUCAUACUUGAAAGUCACCGCUGCCAUGAAUUUCUUGAUUUCUACUAGAGUGUUCUUGAUUUCCUCCGCUUCUUUUGCUGAAUUAACUUCUUGUUCUUUCAAAAUUCGAAGGGAAUCUUCGAGUUUCUUGAGAUCUUGACUCCUAGUCCCAUCUGCCAUUGCAAAUUGACCGCUUCACAAGCCGAGAAAGGUUGAGGUAAACUAUAUAUAUCUUUCUUGUGAAGAACAAGGCCUUGUAAUGGAUGAUGCUCAAGUGAGAAAGAAGGCCUUGUAUCGUGCUAAAUUGAAUGCCAAUAAGCUGGAGAAGUGCAUAGAAUCUCCUCUUGUGAGGUACAAUAAAUUUGAUCAACAUGUCAGUAGGGUUUGUGAUGUCGUUUUUAGAUCUGAGUCGCUUUGGUCUGCACACCAAGCUUCUCAUAAACAUCAUGAGGUUAUUAAUAAUGACAAAGCUAAUGCUGCUGGACUAACACUAGUUAACAGUGUAAAAGCUGAUUCCCCUGUAGAGUUGCCCAAACCUAAACCCGAACCUCAAAAGUUGCGUGGUUCUAACCCUGAAGCCUCUACAGAAUUGCCCAAAGUAGGUUCAUCUGUGGUUCCACCAGGUUUUUUUGACAAUAACGAGCCAAAGAGGCAAAAAACUGGUAUGAAUGUGGCCAAAUUGGGGAAUCCUAAUUCAUACAAUAAGCCAGGUGGUUCUGCUCAAACUCAAGUGGCAGAACCAUUCAACUCAGAGAGUAAGAUAGAUACACUUUCCGGUGCCAAGGUUGUAGAGGGAAAAACGAAUGAAAUUCUGCCUGACAGGGAGUGUACACAGAUAUCAAAAAUUAUUGUUGGUUCAGAAACCAAGCAAGCGAAGGGAGCUCUCCCUGAAGGAUUCUUCGAUGACGAAGAUGCUAAUCUACGUGCACAUGCACCUGUAAAGCUAGAUGUCAAGAUGGAUUUGCAAACACAAGGAGACGUGUACACCAAUCUGUUACAAGGGGGAUCCAACCUUUCAGAUGAAUUUAUGAUGGAAUCUUCUACUCAUUUCAACGAACAUGCUCAAGUGGCUGCCCAAGAAUCUCAAUUCUCACCCCAAAUCGAACCUACUGCUAAGAAAUCACAACGUGGUAGCAACUUCACUAUGGAAGAAGACAAUCUCCUUAUAUUGGCGUGGCUCAAUACAAGCCUCGAUGCAAUGCUUGGAAAUGAGCUAAAGCACAAGACAUAUUGGAGUAGAAUUUGGGAGUAUUUCCACAAGUACAGGACCUUUAAUUCUAACCGUAAUCAAAAUUCUCUAAUGAAUCGGUGGUCAACGAUUCAACUUGGUACCUAUAAGUUUUGUGGGUACUUUGCCCAGAUUGAAUCAACUCAUCAAAGUGGAGUGACUGAGCUAGAAAAGAUUUAUAAGGCGAGACUUAUGUACCAGGAAUUCCAAAAAACCUCAUUUCAAUUUGAACAUUGUUGGAAUGUGUUGAGGUGCGAACCAAAAUGGUUAGAGGAAUGUGAGAAGAAAAAACCGAAAAGAAGUAAAGCUUCAACAUCUUCCCCUUCUACUCCAGAGUCGAUACAUCUAGGGGAAGAUGAUAUCUCACAUGAUACCUUUGUAGAAUUGGAGAGACCACUAGGCACGAAGGCUGAAAAGGAACAACUGAAUAAACAACAGAUCAAAAACUGUGCAAGUUCAAAUUUUGUGGGGUUACUGAAUAAGAUAAUGGAAGAGAAAAAAAAAGUAAAUGAGAAGGAAAUGGAAAUCCUUGAGCAAGCAUGUCUUCAAGAGCAAGAGCAAAAUCAUAUUAAGCACGAGAUCGAGCAAAAGCGACUUUGUAUUGAGCAAGAAAAGCUUCAAAUGGAACGAUUGAAAGAGGAGGAGAGAAUUAUAAUGAUGGAUACAAGUGGCUUGUCUCCAAUGCAGAAAGAAUAUUAUCAUUACCGCCAAAUGGAAAUCCUUGAAAGUCGAAGGAGGAAAUAGUAAUUAUUGUUGGAAUGUAUUUCUUUAAGCAAUCUUAUCAUGUUUAUAUUGAACAAUGUUGUUUAGCAUUAGUUUCUUGUAAACCAUUAGUUUUGUUAAUCCCAAGAUUUCAUGAUUUUGAUGGUAA